AACCCUGUUUCCUUUUGCAGGACAGCAUUUUCCUUGUGUUGGACUAUAUUUCCGGAGGAACAUUAGGAGAGUUGGUGAAGAAGGGAAAAGUACUGGAGAACGACAGCAUACAGUAAGUUCUAGACUGAUGUACAGUAGUUAUAAUGUGGCUUCUGAUCUAUAAGGAACCACAAGAAACAGCCCAGUAUAAUCUGGUCUUUAGAAAUCAGACUGAUCAAGUUUUUCCAUCUCAUUCACUAGGUUUCUAGCUGCUGAAAUUAUUUGUGGACUGAAUUUCCUCCAUUCCCGUGGAUUUAUUCACCGGUAAGUAAAAGUUGGAGGCCAUUGUUUAGUGCGUAUGAAUGUGCUUUCUAGGGAUACUCAUUAUCUUUCUCAUUAUCCUUCUUUAUAGGGACCUGAAACCUCAUAAUAUUCUGCUGCACAACACAGGCCAUGCUGAGAUAGCCGAUUUCGGCCUCUCUGCAGACACCCGGAGAAGCGGCGGAAUGGCAGAAGGCUUCUGUGGAACCCGUGCAUACAUUGCACCGGAGGUAUUCCAAAAGUGCAAGUACAAUAAGGCAGUGGACUAUUAUUCUCUUGGAAUCAUACUUUUCCAAAUGGCUACUGGGAUGGAUCCUCAAUAUGCCUGCUAUAGAAACCGAUUUGGAUUUCUAAAAAACGUCAGCCCUGAGCUUCAAGACCUUAUUUUGAAGCUCCUGUGUGAAAAUCCAAAUGAGCGGAUGAGAUUUGUUGCAUCUAUAAGGGACCAUCCUUUCUUUGCAAACAUUGUCUGGUCAGCCAUAGAAGCUGGCAGAAUUCCGACGCCCAUCAAUCUAGUAAGUACAAAUUCUGGUUAGGUUAAUUAAUAAUCUGAGCUUAGUUCUCUACUGUUCUUUAUGAAUUUCUAUACUUUUAAUUGAAUUUCAGUCUUCUACUGAUUGAGUUUAUUGUUUUUAGCAUUGAUCAAAUCUUAUAUUUUUAUCCCUCAGCGAAGACAUUGUAAUAUUCAGAGCAACACAAAGAAAUUCCGUUACAAAGUGAACAAGUGAAGCUUCCAUGUUCUGGAAAGAUGAUGCUGACAAAGAAUAUCAAAUUUGUGAUCUGAUUGGAGGUUUGCAGAACCCACAAAAAACUUUUGUGAAGACGUUUUCUUUUAAACCAAAAAGGAACAGCCCCAUCAGGAGAAGAAGAUGGCCACAUAAACCCCAGACUAUGUCUUCUAUAGUCUGGGUCUU